AUGCCACCAGCCACCGUGGAGGCCGGGACCACCCCCUGGUCCACGGGACUGUUCGACUGCGCCGAGGAUCAGGGCGUCUGCUUGAUGGGGUGGUGCUGCCCGUGCGUCGCGGUGGGGCGGAUAGCGGAGAUCCUGGAUAAGGGGGCGACGUCGAGCGGCACCGGCGCGGCGCUCUACUUUGCGGUGGGGCUGCUGACGGGCUGGCAGUGCCAGUGGAUCUACUCCUGCGUAUACCGCACCAAGAUGCGCGCCCAGUACGGGCUCCAGGAGACGCCCUGUCCCGACUGCUGCGUCCACUUCUGCUGGCUCGAGUAUUGCGCCAUCUGCCAGGAGUACAGCGAGCUCCGCAACCGGGGCUUCGUCAUGGACAUCGGAUGGCACGCCAACGUGGAGCUACAGAAGCAGCAGGGCCGCAGCGACGGCUCCAUCGUGCCGCCGGCCACGCAGCACAUGAUAUGA